AUGGCAUCGUGGAACUUCAGAGCAUCUUCGUCAUCACAAAACAUUGAUGAAGAAGAACCUUUGAUACUAGAUAAUGUUGAUGAUUUCAGCACAGAUGAUGAAAUGGAUAGCUUACUUCGCGAUGAACAUGGUGAUGACGAUCAAAUGACACAGUCGUCUCAGCAUGUCAUUCCAGAACUGCAUGAGCGUAUGCAAUUCCAAUCAAAGGAGGAAAUUGUUGUUGCAAUCAAACAAUAUCACAUGACCAAUGGUUACAAAUACAACGUUGUUGAAUUGAAGCCUAACAUUUAUGUUAUUCGAUGUCUAGAAUACCACAAUGGUUGUCAAUGGCGAUUGAGGGCAGGCUAUAGCAAAGUCCGUAAAUAUUGGGAAAUCAAAAAUAUUGAUGGCCAACAUACCUGUUUCUCAAACAUACUAUCUCAAGAUCAUACAAAUCUUGAUUGUACUCACAUUGCCGCAAUUGUAUCAAAUUUUGUCCGCACAAACCCCUCCAUUCCCAUCAAAAGUUUGAUUGCAUAUAUUAAAGCUCGAUUCGGAUAUUCUGUGUCAUACAGAAAAGCUUGGAUCGCAAAGCAAAAGGCUCUUGCCAUGGAGUUUGGUUAUUGGGAAGAGUCUUAUAACCAUCUACCCAGGUGGUUGCAUGCGGUGAAGGAAGCAAACCCUGGUACAAUAUUACAGUGCACCGGUUCUCCAGUGGAGAUUGAUGGACAAACAGACAAUAAUUGCUACAUUAUGGAAAGAGUUUUUUUGUCUUUCGGUCCUUGCAUACAAGGCUUCAAAUAUUGUAAACCCAUUCUCCAAGUCGAUGGGACGUUUCUAACGAGCAAAUAUCAUGGAACUUUUCUCACCGCCAUGAGUCAGGAUGGCAAUAGAAAUCUUUUUCCAAUAGCAUUUGCAAUUGUAGAAGGUGAGACAAAGGAGGCCAUGAUAUGGUUCUUUCAACUACUUCGAGAACAUGUUUACCCUCAACCAAAUAUUUGCAUCAGCACUGACAGAGGAAAGGGUAUCUUAUCCGCCUUAAGAUCAGAAGAAGUUGGUUGGGAAGAAGAUGGUUUGAACUCUAUUUAUUGCAUACGUCAUCUAGCCUCCAACUUCAACAACAAAUUCAAAAAUCAAGACCUCAAAAAGCAAUUCAUCAAUUUAGCUUACGAGGUCAAGCAACCUAUUGUUACGACAAAGCUUACUGCACUAAGACACCAUUACCCACAACAAGUUGCUUGGAUAGAUAAAAUUCCAUUAAAUAAAUGGUCUCAAGCUUUUGAUGGAGGGAGAAGAUAUGGACAUAUGACCAAUCUUGCUGAGUGCAUGAACUCCGUUUUAAAGGGAGCACGUUCAUUACCAAUUUGUGCACUCAUCAAAACAACAUUUAAGAGGACACAAUCAUGGUUUCUUGAACGACGACUAAAAGCACAGUACAUGCUACAAGCAAUCCACCAAUUUCCUGAAGAAAUUGUCGACAUUAUUAGGAAAAAUCAACAACAAUCAGAAUUUUGUCAUGUUCAUCGCUACAACUGUGAAAAUUCAGAAUUUGAUGUUCAAGAAAUUUCAACACCUCACCAAUAUCGACCACAUCCAAUUUCCUAUAAGGUCAGGCUAAAUGAAUGGUGGUGUGAUUGUGGUCACUUCCAAGCUACUCGUCUCCCAUGUCAUCAUGUCAUUGCCAUUUGCGCAAAUUCACAUAUACCACUAACCCAAGUAAUCGAUCCAGUAUAUAGCCUUAAUAACAUUUACAAGGCAUACGAAGUACAAUUUCACCCAAUCAAAAAUGAAGAUUAUUGGUCUGCGUAUACAGGUCCAAACUUCAUACCAGAUCCUCAUAUGCGACGCAAGGCAUCCAGAAGACCGUCUACAAAAAGGAUUCCUAAUGAGAUGGAUCAAUCCACUCCAGAUCAGCCCAAAAAAUGCCCUUACUGCCGCAACGAAGGUCAUCAUAGGGGAAAUUGUCCAUUUCGUCAGUAG